AUGUCGGCUGGGCUCCAGUCCUUCAGGGAUGUGCCCUCUCAUGGCACCAUCUCCUCCAACACGUCUUCCAAGGUCACCAAAGAACAGGAAGAGAGAGCUCCAAAGCUCCUGGCCCAGUGCUCCCCCACCCACCCCUGCUGCCCAGAUGCGGAGCUGGACCUCCAGCGGAGCGUGCAAGCUGUUCUCCGGGAACUCAGCCCCCAUGCCCCAGCCCUGCAGAGCAACCAAGGCAUGUGGAGAUGGUCCCUGCACAAGAAGGUCGAGAGAGAUCCUGGGAAGAGUCCGGUGCUGGUCCGUAUUCUGCUCAGAGAGCUGGAAAAGGCAGAAAGCGAAGACCUCCGGCAUGUCAUCAUUCCCUUGCUGCAUACUCUGCUGUACGUGCUCACUAAGGCCACCGGCAUCACAGAAGAGCUCUACCGGAGAACCUACAACUUUUGCACGAGGUUGCUAACCCUGCCCGCCCCCUACUGCACCGUAGCCUUGGAUUGUGCCAUAAGGCUGAAAACAGAGACUGCUGUCCCAGGGACGCUGUACCAAAGGCUGGUCAUUGCUGAGCAGAACCUGAUGAAUGAGCUGUACCCCUACCAGGAGAGAGUGUUCCUCUUCGUGGAUCCGGAGCUGGUAUCUCCCUCCGUGUGCAGCGCCCUGCUGCUGGAGAUCCAGGCCGCGCAGGUGCAGCAGACGCCGGAGGCCUGCAUGCGGCACGUGGUCUCCCACGCCCUGCAGGCGGCACUCGGGGACGCCUGCCACGCCAGCGCCCUGCAGAGCAAGCUGAAGGCCUGCCCUCGCCGAGCCCUGGAGUGCUAUUUCCACGCCGUGGUGGCCGCCGUGGAGCAGAUGGCCAGCGAACCCAACCCGAGCCGGGAGGGACACCUGGAGAGGCUGGAGGAGAUUUACUGCGGGCUGCUGGGGCCGGCGGCGGCCGCCAGGGGACGCUGCUGCGGUGACCCCCUGCAGGACCCACAGCCAAGCAUCCCUCUGCCCAGCCCCCACAUCUCCUUCCACCUGUGGACCGACGAAGAGCAGCUCUGGAAGGAGCUGGUCCUCUUCCUGCGCCCGCGAUCCCAGUUGCGCCUCAGUGCCGACUUGGAGGCCUUGGAUCUGCAGGGCCUCUGGCCAGACCAGGAGCUGGCCCGGGCGUCCAUGCUGUCCACUGACAGUGGCAUCGAGCGGGACCUGCCCAUGGGGGCUGAUGAGCUGCCUGUCCCCGGCAGCCCUGAGAUGGAGCGUGCUGGGCUGCAGCGCAAAGGAGGCAUCAAGAAGCGGGUGUGGCCCGCCGACAUUUUGAUGCCUGCGUGCUGGGACGGGCCCCAGGGACUGCACCGCAGGACAGGCCUGCCCAGCGGAGAUGGGAGGAUGCUGCCGGGGGUCUCUCGGCUUCACACAGCCAGGGUGCUGGUCCUGGGGGACGACAGGAUGCUGGGGCGCCUGGCCCAGGCCUACCACUGCCUCAGGAAACGGGAGGCCCAGAAGUUCUGCCUGACCCCCAGACUCAGCCUGCAGCUCUACUAUAUCCCCGUGCUGGCGCCUGAGGAGCCGGCGACAAGCAGACAUUCGGAGCUCCGAGAGCUGGCGGCGUUCCUGGGCCGCGCAGACCCGUGGUACCAGAACACAGUCAACACACUCUGCCCGGCCAUCCACAAGCUGGCAGAGAUGCCCCCUUCCCUGGACACAUCCCGGACUGUGGACCCCUUCAUCCUGGAUGUCAUCACCUACUAUGUUCGCAUGGGCACCCAACCCAUCUACUUCCAGAUCUACACUGUCAAGAUAUUCAGGGACCUGAGCCAAGGCCCUGCAGAGGACAUUUUCCUCACCGAGCUGAAGGUGGACGUCCAAGACUCCAGACUCCCCAAAGAUGGCUUUUCCCCCAGGAGGAAGGGCGCGGCUGAAGGCCCGGGGGCCGAGCUGUCCAUCUGCUACCAGAAGGCUCUGCUCAGCCACCGCGCCCAAGUGGUCACCGGUUCCCUGCGGGCCACUGGGCUGGUCCUGAAGGCCCUUCCAACCAGUGACACUGAUGGUUCGGGACCCCCCCAGGCCGCACAUUCUGCUGCUCCCAUCACAGACCACACGUGCCUGAAUGUCAGCGUGACGGAGGUAGUCAAGUCCUCCAACUUGGCGGGCAGGUCCUUCUCUACGGUGACAAACACCUUCCGGAUGGCCACCAUCCAGAUCCAGAGCCAGGACCAGAGGCUCCUGACGCUGCUGCUGGACAAGGACGGUCGGCGAACGUACAGGGAUGUGGUCAGAAUCGAAGUUGCUCCCUGCCCAGAGCCGUGUUCCGGGACUCACAAGUCCAGGGCGUCGUGGGUUGGUUCACACCAGCCGGCGGAGGCAGAAGGGACCAGAGCCAAGCCCAAGCCCCUUCUCAUGCCCAUCAACACGUUCUCUGGCAUCGUCCAGUGAGCCUGAAAGGGCGGCAGAAGGGCUGAGUCCAAGAGCCCCAGACCAAGAGGAAGGAUACACUACCCCAUCAGCCUCCAAACACUCAUACCAGCAGCUGGGACGAGGCCAGGCUGCGCUGGGUGGCUUCUGGCUGUGCCCAGAGUUCAGGGAGCUUGGCCCACACCCAGGCCCGAGGACAGCUCCAGCAAAGCUGCGCACACGCAAGACCCAGCUCCGUGCACAAAUGUCCACACGCCUUCAUCUAUUUUUAGCCCCACCCCUCCCACUCAAGCUCCCCCUAUCACCCCUGAAAACCCAAGUGAGAGCUGCUGUGUCGUCCAGGGCCCUGUGGCCUGGGGGGAAGUGGGAAGGAGGGCAAAGGCACCUCCUCUCUCCUGAGUCUGUUCCUUUCCCUCCCUCCAGCCACUGUCCACACGUGCGUGGGCAGGCAGGUGUCCCUCCUGGAGGAGAGGAAAUGUCAGAUUCAAUAAAGGCACACUAAAGCGAUUUUGCUUUGACCUAAUACCUGGCCGGAUAGUAAAGACGUGAAAAUUC